AUGUCGAGCCCAUCGCCGCUACCUACACCCGCCGCUCAGAACGUGGUGCUGGACACCUCAAGUCUUCCUGCUUCUACUUCCUCAUCGGUCUGGGAUCGCGUGUCCAAGUGGGUGUCCGAGAAUAAGGCUUUGGUUUACACCAUUGCCGGUGUUGCCGUCGUCGUCACCAGCGCUGGAGUCGUCUAUUACCUCUCCGAUUCCAGCAAGCCAGCCUCCUCUACUUCCUCCACCCCCAAGAAGAGCAAGACUGUGCGUCGGAAAGAGAAGAAGAAGGCCGAGGAGAAGGAAAAGGCCAAGUCCGCUUCAGUGCAGGAUGAAUCCACCGCGAAGAAAGCCGAGGAGCCCGCCGAGGAGCUGCCCGAAGUUGAUGAGGCCACUGUUGCCCAGUUGUCCGAGGAGACCCGGAAGGAAUAUGCCGCGAAGCUGAAGGCCGCCGGAAACAAGGCCUACGGUGCCAAGGACUACCCCAAGGCCAUUGACCUCUAUGGUAGAGCUAUCAUCUGCAAGCCGGACCCCGUCUUCUACUCGAACCGUGCCGCCUGCUACAAUGUGUUGUCCGACUGGGAUAAGGUUGUGGAGGACACCAGCGCCGCUCUGGCCAUGGACAGUGAAUACGUCAAGGCUUUGAACCGACGUGCCAUUGCUUACGAGCACCUCAGCAAGUACAGCGAGGCUCUCCUCGACUUCACUGCCAGCUGCAUCAUCGAUGCUUUCUCCAACGAUGUCAGUCGUAACUCCCUUGAGCGUCUGCUGAAGAAGGUCGCCGAGCAGAAGAGUAAGGCCAUCCUGGAUGCCCGCACCAAGAAGCUGCCCAGCGCCACCUUCGUUUCCAACUACCUGCAGAGCUUCCGUGCCCAGUCCCUCCCCGAGGGUCUGGAGGAGUCCGUUGAGCUUAGCGAGGAUUCUGGAAAGGGUCUGCUGCGCAAGGGUAUGGUCGCCAUGGACCAGAAGACUGGCGAGGGCUAUGAGGAUGCUGCUGCCUCCUUCGAGAAGGCCAUUCAGGCUGGUGAUCUUGGUGACUUCGAGGCCCUUGCCCUGAACAUGCGUGCUACUUUCACAUACCUCGGUGGUAACGCCAUCAAUGCGCUGGAGGACUUGAACAAGAGUGUUGAGAUACAGCCAUCCUUGGUUCAAAGCUACAUCAAGCGUGCUAGCUUGCACCUGGAGCUCGGCAACAGGGAUGCUGCUGCCGAUGACUUUGAGCUCGCCAUCAACCACAACAAGGAUGACCCGGAUAUCUACUACCACCGUGCCCAGCUUCACUUCAUCCUGGGCGAGUUCGCUGAGGCUGCCAAGGACUACCAGAAGUCCAUCGACCUGGACCGUUCCUUCAUUUUCUCGCACAUCCAGCUCGGUGUGACACAGUAUAAGAUGGGCUCCGUUGCCUCUGCCAUGGCCACCUUCCGUCGUUCCGUCAAGAACUUCGAGGAGGUUCCCGACGUGUAUAACUACUAUGGUGAGCUUCUGCUCGACCAGCAGAACUACUCCGAGGCCAUCGAAAAGUUCGACAAGGCGGUUGAGAUGGAGAAGCUGAGCAAGCCCAUGGGCAUCAACGUUUUGCCCUUGAUCAACAAGGCUCUGGCCUUGUUCCAGUGGAAGCACGACUUCCAGGAGGCCGAAGGCCUGUGCCAGAAGGCGCUGAUCAUUGACCCCGAAUGCGACAUCGCUGUCGGCACCAUGGCCCAGCUGCUUCUGCAGCAGGGCAAGGUUUCGCAGGCACUGAAGUACUUCGAGCGUGCGGCCGAGCUUGCUCGCACCGAGGCUGAGAUUAUCAACGCCAUCUCAUACGCCGAAGCCACCCGUACUCAACUGGAGGUCCAGGAGAAGUACCCUCAGCUCGCAGCGCGCCUGAACACCAUGGGCGCGAUGGGCGCUGGUGGACCCCCUGGCAUGUAA